UGCGCGCCCCCAGCACCUCGGCGUCUGAUCACAUUUUGCUAAGCAACAGGUUUCCGCGUGCACGGACGCGGAUUGAGCUGUCUUUCACUCCCCCACGGAGAGACACAUAUCCUCAGCCAGUCAGAAAACUGCCCUCCCAAACGACGUUACAAGUCGCCGUCUCCGGGCGGAACACACUUGCAGCUUGAUGGUUGCUUCUGAGCCUGUGAAUUUGAAGCAUGUGCAACAAAGAACCAUACGACACACAGUUCAGUCCAUUUACGUCAUUCAUUAACCUGAUGAAGUUGCUGCUAAUGUUUCAAGACUGAUUAGGCGUUAAUUGCUACGGAGGGGAAAGAUGUGGGCGUCGCUGUUCCACUUGAUUGCCGUCUUUGUGGCCGUCCACAUUACCAAGUGCCAACCAGUUUGCAACAAACAAGCGCCGCUUGAGUGGUACCUUAAGAAGCACACAAUCCAGCUGAAUUGGACUUUAAUCGGAAACAUCUGUGAGAAUGACUUGGAGUGCUGGGGCUCUCAGGGGAAGCGCCAAGUGAGCGAGCAGCCUUUUAGCUUCCCACAGAUAUGCCCACUUCAGCUGCAACAUGGAGACAAACUGCUCAUGUCUGCUGAUGAAACUCUCAAGACGUAUGGCAUCAGGGUCUUCAACGUGUCAAGAGAGGACUUUGAAAGCUGCACUACAAAUGCAGAGUUGAAGAACCAGUUUGUGUUCCCUCACAAUACAAAUGAAAGUGAGCAUGUUGAGGCCAAGUGGAUUACCCCAGGUCAUCAUUACUUUAUUGCACUUCGCGAAGGGGAUUCGCAGUUAUGCAAGCUUGGUUUAAGGCUUAAUGUUUCUGUUAAAACACAGCUCUGCCGGGCCUCUCCUCUUCUGAGACUUUGUUCGGGGAAUGGAGUGUGCCGGACAGAUUUCUAUGAAGGCGCGUACCACUGCCGAUGCAACCACCGCUACUUUGGGAGGUUCUGUGAAAGGUUCGACGCCUGUUUGGAUAACCCCUGUCAGAACAAAGGAAUCUGCUUGAGCAACGGGUCCACAGAUCCAAACAACAGAACCUACAAAUGCUUAUGCCCACCACACUUUACAGGUGUAAACUGCUCUGAAAUCAUUGGGGAAGGAAACUGUCAGACAAUUUGUGAAGAUGGGACAUGCGUCCAACUGUCACCGGUUUCCUUCAGAUGCAUUUGUGUGUCUGGAUUUUCAGGCCCUCCCUGUGAGAAGAGGAAAGCCCAGUGUGAGCCGAAUCCAUGCAGAAAUGACAGUGGCUCCGAAUGUGCUUGUGCAGAUGGUACUUUGGUCCCAGAAUGCAGGAGGCAGCAGAGCAUGUGCAGCCCAUCGCCAUGCCUGAACAAUGGUACCUUUGUGUCUAGGGGAAAGGAUUACUUCUGCAGAUGUCUGAGUGGUUUUUCUGGGAAGAACUGUGAAGGAGUAAUUGACUACUGCAGACUGCUCAAUAUCAACUGCCUAAAUGAGGGAUUGUGUUUGAGCAUAAUUGGUGGAUAUCAGUGUGUUUGUACCCUGGGGUGGAUUGGAGAGUUUUGCCAGCAUGUAGGCGAUGCCUGCUUGAUUCAAUCAGACAGCUGUUUAAAUGGAGCCACAUGCAUUUCCACAAGUCAGCCAACAUCUCCUCCUGAGUACUACUGCAAAUGCCUUCCUGCUUUUACAGGAGCAGCGUGCGAGACCGAGAUCAACGAGUGUGAUUCCAACCCAUGUCAGCACAAUGGCACAUGUUCUGAUUUGCUUGGAGACUAUACAUGUCAAUGCCCUACAGGUUUUCAGGGAAAAAAUUGCGAACUUGAUAUAGACGCCUGUUCUCUACCAGACACUGCGUGUCAAUCAAGAACUCAGUGUUUGGACCUCCCUUAUGGCCUUGAAUACACCUGCCGUAUACCCUGCCCUACAAAUCUUCAGCCGUGUGCCCAUGGAGGCCGCUGUGUGCUGAAUAAUGCCAGCAGCUACAUGUGCAUCUGUGCACAUGGUUGGUCUGGUCAGAACUGCCGCAUAAAUGUCAACGAUUGUGUCCAACACUGGUGUCAAAAUGGAGCCACUUGUGUGGACGAGAUUGAUGGUUACAGCUGCCUUUGUCCCAGUGGAUACACAGGGGUCUACUGUGAGCAGGACAUUGAUUACUGUGUCGACAGUCGCUGCUCUGAACAUGGUGUUUGCCUGGACCAGCGGUAUAACUUCACCUGCCGAUGCAUGCUGGGAUAUGAGGGGCCGCUGUGUGAUGUGGAAGCAAAUGAGUGCAACAGUUUCCCCUGCUCUAACGGCGCCACCUGUGUGGACCUAAUCAGUGAUUAUCGGUGCCACUGUCCCCCGGGGUUUGAGGGAAGGACGUGCUCUCAGAAUGUAAAUGAUUGUUGGUCGCAGCCUUGUCUAAAUGGAGGCUCAUGUGUGGAUCUGAUAAAUGACUACAUUUGUCACUGUCCUCUUGGGUUUAAAGGAAAAGAUUGCUCUGUGGAUAUUGACCUUUGCUCAUUUGGACUAUGCAGCGAACACACAUUAAUAUGCACCGAGAGCCGGGAUGGGCAGAAUGUCUCUUGCACAUGUGAAAAAGGUGAGUGAGACCUUUAACAGGGGUGAAUAGUGAGAGGGAGAGUGUGUUGUAGAGUCGUGUGUUGAGUGUGUGUAUUUCUGAUCUCUGAAGGCUUGACAAAGAUGA